AUGUCAGCCCCCAAACCCCCCCACGAAAAGCCACCAUUAACCCUCUUCGAGCCAAUCCUCACCGAAACAGGCUUCACUUUGCUCCAGCGCAACACGGCGGCGUUCUCCCACCCCACCGAGCGCCGCGGCCGGAAAAAACUCGCCGAACCGGGCCGGUUCCUCGGCGUCCGCCGCCGCCCCUGGGGCCGCUACGCCGCCGAAAUUCGAGACCCCACCACCAAAGAACGCCACUGGCUGGGCACCUUCGACACUGCCCAGGAAGCUGCCCUAGCCUACGAUCGGGCAGCCCUCGCCAUUAAAGGAACUCAAGCAAGAACCAAUUUUAUCUACACCGAUCACACUAAUUUCCACUCCAUUCUCAGCUCCUUCGAAUUCCACAGCGCUUUCCAUUCCCAAAUCAACCACCAGAACGCCGCCUCCGCCUCCGUCGUCUCCGCCGCCGCCGGUGCCGCCUCCGGAGGUGGCGGCGUUAACAAGCCUUCCGCCCAAUCAGGGGAUGACACGUGUCGAGAUGAAAAGAAGAGCUUCUUCAACAGCUCUACAGCUAAUUCGGGUUACCUUGAUUGCAUUGUUCCCAGCAGUUAUUUAAACCCUAAUUCUUCUGCAAAUUCUUCGAAUUGCUCCAAUGGCGCGGCGGAGGAGGAUAAUCAGAUUGAUGAGGUGAUGAUUCCUGUUGAUUUUUCGACGAAUUGUGGUGAAGAAAUUGGGGGUUUCUAUGGAAGUAGUUUUUGGGAUCAGAAUGAGCAGAUUUGGGAAUUUAGUUCCUGCGAUUGUGAUCAGCUGUCGGCUGUGAUCAAGAACCCUAAUUUCAUUGGGGAUGAUGAUCAAAGGUGUCAGAUUGAUGAUUAUGAUCUUCCAGGUUUUGAUCAGAUGAUCAGUGGUAAUAAUUCUGCUGAAUUUGAUGCAGCAGCGCCUGCAAAUAAUUAUAAUUAUUCGUCGUCGUCUUCCUCGUCGUUUUUUGCUCCUGCUUUUGGGGAAGCACUGGAUUUAGGGCAGUCUCUAUUUUAA